AUGCCGGGGAAUGCCGACGAAUCCGUCAGAAAAGAAUCCCAAGACACCAAGACGAGCCGCAGAUCAAGGAAAGAUGAUACCAUGGAGCCGGCUCCCCGCCAACGAGGGUCGAGCCGUCGUCGAAAACCGAUGGCAACGGAAGAAAUGUAUAGCUACAUCUCUGAGACCAGUUCUGGCAAGGGGAAAAACUCCUCUCGCUCAGAGAGACGCCGUAGCAACAGCUCGUUGCCUCGCUUAGAACGAGCCAACCUCGAAUCAUGCGCCAAUAAAUAUCAAGAUACAACCGACGAGCACUUCUCCGAACCAAUGCCGAAGCUACCGGCCACCACAACUGCUCCACCAUACGAUGGGGCUCUCACUCAACAGCAAGCCUUCGCUCCCGUCACCUUUGUCCCCAGUGGUCAAGACUACAAUCCUGAGGGUUGGGAGUACAUAUCCCCUGCUCCUUGCUAUGAGUGUACCGGGCACGACGCUGGCUGGUCUACAACUCCUUACCUACCUGCAGUAGACAUGCCGCUGCAGCCUCCAUACCUGGGAUACCAGGACAAUACAAUGUCAAAUGCACCAGCUCUAAGCUCAACUCUUGCUGGACAAGAGAUCCCGAGCCGCGGUGCCGUCAAACCACAUAGGCAAGUCUCACCACGACGUCGUUGCGAGGAGACUCCAGCAUUGGCGCCUUGCCCAAGAUCAAUUGCCAUGGCUGAUUACAACGAUUGGUCUACCAUAGUGGGCUUGACACAUAUGAACAUUUGCCCAUCCUGUACCCAACAGAUUAAGAAGACUCGUUUCGAUAAACUUGUCAUUCCUGCGCCGCCUCAGCCUCUCGGGCUACCAGUUCGAUGCUCCAUGAGCCAACCAUGGGCGCGAUUAGCAUGGGUUCAGACAAUGAAGCUGGGUUUAAAUCACCUUGAACUGCUGUACCAGCUAACUCGGCCUUCAUCAAUCUACAAGGGUUGCCCUGGCCGCACUCCUUCCACCCAAACAUGGUACCGAGUCAUUGAUCCGGACACCGGCAGGCUCAUGCCCAACUUCAAUGCAUGUGCAUCCUGCUUCCGCAACGUCAGGAUCCUCAUGCCUUCGCUGCGUGAUUCGUUCCAGCCAAGUUCGACUUCACAGGAACGAACUUGCGACCUUCGCUGCGGCAGUACUCGCUUCAUCCAAUACCUCGACCUCCUCGAUGUUGCAGCUACCCGCCAUCGACAUGACCCAGGCCAUAAGCCCGAUCUACGAGACUUUAUCCGAUACGCUAAACGUAAGAACCGCAUCUACGACUGUCCCCGUGAUCACCUCAUCGUUGGCCCCUGGCAUGGUAUUGACGAAUUGCCUGAAUUUACUGUCUGCGAGGACUGCUACGAUGACGUUGUCUGGCCGUUCGGGAACAGCCCCGUAGCUUCCCUGGUGUCCCCAACCGUCCAAAUGACUCCAGACAGAGCGGGUCCAGCCUCCCGCCAGGCAUCGUGCCAGCUAUACAGCCCACGAAUGAGAAUGAUGUUCCGUGAAGCCGUCAGGCGUUCGGACUUUGGCUAUCUGAGGGCAGCAGUUUUGGCUCGAUACCAGGCCGAGAACGCUUUCCGUGAGAACAAGCGACUACUUAUGGAAGACGUUUCAUUAGGUUAUGAUCGUGAUGCUGAACUGAGGAAAAAUGCGGCUGAAUGGAGACGAUGGGAAUGA